GGCGGGACGGAGGUUGCUAUGAUGGUUACCAGGGUAACAGAAACAGCCAAACCUGAAGGGGAAGGAGCAGCCGAGAGCCGAUUCCGGAGAGUAUAGAUCCAAUUUACUCAGUCUCUCAUCAUAGAACAACCCUCAUAUCCCAGGAGCCAGUCUAAUGAACCUCAGUUGUACCUACAAGUGGACAGAAAAGGAAUAGAUCAAGACAACCUGAAAGAGUAAAAGAUGCCUGCGAAGAAAGCAAAAGAACCUAAACCAGUUAAGGAACCACAGGCAAUCCCCAAAGCCUGGGAGCUAGUGUUGUUGGAAACUCAGAUUGAAGAGGACCAAUGGAAGCCAGCUAUCUAUUUUACAGUUGGUGAGAAGAUAGAGAAUGAGUUGUUCUUGGCUGCGCUGGCUGCAGCUAUCAAUGUGCCACUGCGUAAACUCUUCAGUAUAAUUUCUUGGGAAGGAACAAUGAAGCAGGUUGUUGAGUUUGGAAACCCAAAAGGCAAGAGGCCAAGUGACCUCCCCAUGUUUUAUGAGGUCACAGAAGUAGCAUGGGAAACACUGGCUAAAGGGGAAGAACUUUCAGAGCUACAGCUCACCGAAAUAGUCAAGUUCCAGAUUCUGUGCCUCAAACAGAAAGACCUUCAAAAAAAAGGAAAUGAAAACAAAGUCUUAGUAGAAGAAGAUGCAACAAUGCCAGCAAGUGCCAACAAGAAAAAAACAGGCAAAAAAUCUGCAGGCAAAGGAAAAGGCAAACCAGAAAGGAAAUCUCCAGAACCACCAAUUAAUAGAAGGAGUACUAAGCUAUUAAAGCGAGGUGAAGUGGAGGCUAUAGACAGAUGCAUAAACGAUGAACCUGAUGAUGGUCCUCAACGCUACAUCAUAAUCCAAGGUUUCCAAAAUCUUAAGUUUCUACUCAUGUUGGAAAAACUAAGAAUUAAUAUCUCUGCUGUAAUAAUGAUCAGUUAUGAAAAGAAUGAAAGUUUCCUGAAAGUGGAUGCUGCUGAACCUGAGAUACACCACUCGGAGUCACUUGAAGCUAUUGAAACAGAGAAAAAGCAAAAGGAGGAAGCCAACAAGAGCCUGGAGAAUUUUUGGAAGUACCUUGAGCCUGUUCUGAGUAGUGGAAAAUCAGGAUCCAAACUAUUUGAUAUAGCCAGGCUCCGUUAUACAGUGAAGGAAGCCAUCUUACCACAAGACUGGGACAAUGAUGAUAUGAAGCUGGAGUUUGGUGCGACAAUAUUUAAAGAUAUCGCCAGCAUGAUUUACGAUUGUGAAGACUGGAAAAGACAGCAUCAGAACUAUCUGAACAAUAUUAAGCUCAUUACUGUGCCAACACCUUCAAAAAAGGAAGAGGUACUUGCAGUUCCCACCCUGGCUGGUAGGCAAAAGUCUGCCCCAGCAGAAUUGGCAUCUCAGGGAGAAAAAGAUGCUUCUACUGCACUGAUGGAUAUGAGAUAUUAUAAUGAUCUGAUGAGCCUAGUGCCCCUGGAGAGUGUCUCUGUGCCUUUAGUAUUACACUGUAUACUGGAGCAGGUUGUUGCAACAAAAGAAAGUUUAACUCCUCCAAGUGAACUAAUUCCUAAACCACGGAAAGAUGGACUGGACCAGAUUCUGGUAGAUCACAUGAUAUCCACCGUGCUUAGCCUUUCAAUGCCUGAGGACGAGAAACAGAAAAUAAUUGAGGAGUUUAAGGAGCUCCUGCAAAAGCCAAUGAAUGAGUCAUCCACACAACCAUCAUUCCAGGAUGACAUGAGAGACCAGGUUGCCAUGACUGAAGAAGAUAAUCCUCAGCCAAGUGAGGAAGGUCCUGAGCCACAAGCAGAUGUACAGAAAUCUGUACUCAAGAAUGAACAACAGAUAAUGAUUGAAGAGUUGAAAAAAUCUGAACAAAAGAGAUCACGUCAAGAGCCUAAACAGCCCUUGCUUCUUAAUCUCCAUGAUACCGUGACAUGGCGAACACAUCAUCUGAAGAUACUAGAAGGCUUUGACCCUGCCAAGGUCGAACAGGAAAUGAUGAAAAUGUUGCCAUUGGAGAAGUUGCUUAAUUUUCCCUAUCCUUUGCCUGAGGUUGAUGCUAAACGUUUGGCCGGUAUCCAGGAGCUUAUGUACCAUUGCACCGAUGAAAACGUGAGAAGUUCUGAGGUAGCAAGAGCCUUCAAGCAGUUUGUGUUUGAGAGCAUGAAGUUCACCAAAGUAAAAGAGAGUGGAGAAUUAGAAGAGAAGAAAGACAUCUUGGCUGAAAGACUUGAGUCCACAUACAUACCAUGGGAUGAUCCCAUCAGGUUUGCAAAAGAAAUAAAACGGAUUCUUAAGACCAAGAAGACACAUAAACAAAGCAAUUGUGUUUGUGCAGUGCACUUUGAAGAUACUUCUGAAAUGGUUGAUGAGCGAAACAGAAAAGAGAAUUUAACAGAUGCUGAAGAUAAAAAGGAUAAAGCUGACAACCUAAAGAUUGAUAUAAAAUAUAUACAAAAGCUACAGCUCCGAUCACUGAAGGAAUGGUGUUUUGCCGAGCAGCACGAUCCAUUUGUUUUGAUACAGGUUCUUCAGGAAGCUGUUCAGUUUUAUAGGUGUGUGGAUACAUAUUACUACAAACAGGACAACUCUAUACUAUUAGUCUUACAUAACCCCAUGAAUAAACAACGCCAGUGCAAUCAAUCCUGGGAAACUGCCCUUCACUCCAAUGUUGGGUUCAGAAACUAUUUGGAAUAUGUUGCUGACUCAAUCUCAGACUGGGUGAACAAAGAGGAAGCUAAAUAUCAAGCUGAGCUGGCGGCAAAAGAGCUGGAGCUCCUGAAAUUGCCCAAGUCUCCAUCUGAUGCAUUUCCAGAAUCCAUAUCACCUGGUUCUGACAAACAGAAGAAGGGAAAAGCUGGUUCUGCAAAUAAGCCACGGCUGAGUAUUUCAGGACCACCAACCAAAACAGAAAUUGAAGAAGAAGAGGAAAAAAGUAAUGACUCUUUCAUUCGCGAGGGAUCACUUAAAGCUUGGAAGAAAGACCAGGAGAGGUUGAAAGAGGAGGAACAGAAAAAACAAGAUAAAAAAGACAAGAAAGACAGGCCAGUUAGCAAAAAGAAGAAAGAAAACGUACAUCAAUCGGAGUCAAAGUCAAGUAGGUUAUCAAAGAAAUCAAUAAUACAGGAAGGUAAACGCGCCAAAGAAGAGCAAGAAGCAUUUUCAGAAGCUGAGCGAGAAGCUAAGGAACCAGUCGCACCAAUUAAAAAAUUCUACCAGUUUACUGGCUACAAUUUUGGAAAUGAUUUAAUUCGAGUAUCUGGUGAAGUCAAGUCUCUAUUCCCAGUUGAUGGAGGGCACAUUCGAGUGAAAAUCACACAAUUCUUGCAUGGUUCAACAACUAUUCAGGUCUGUGUAAUGAAAGAUAGACAUCAAUUCUUCACCUACAUCAAGGAUCCCAUAAAAAAAUUGGAUGACAGGGAAGAAGUUCCAACAGAAAAAGCAGGGUCUGAAAAUUCUGAGACAGAGGAGGAAAGGACACAAGUACCCAUCAACAAGUUUAGAUCAUUCUCAGCUAUCCUCGAUGAUGGAAUAACUAUAACUCUCAGCAAACAUCCUCCUUCAAAAGAACAGAAAAAAGAGGAGGAAGAUCCAGUACUAGCUGGUAUUUUAAAUAUCCCACCUAUCCAAGUGCUUUCACCAGUUCCUGAAAGCACUUCUGCGGCUACUGGUAAGCUGGAUAAGUCCGCCAAGAACAAAAACUCUUUCUCGGCAAAGGGCAAGCAAAAGAAGGAAUCUGGUACAAGUCCAGAACCAGAACAACCAAAAGAACAAAAGGUGGAAAUUGAAGAAGCUGAACCAGCAGCCCCUUCAGAAGAUGGUCCAGAACUUCCAGUGUUUAUGUGUCUGAAUGCAUGUUCUCCGGAUGGACUGUUAAUAACAUACUUGGCUGAAGAGUCUAUAGGUAUAAAAAAUGAAGAUCCGUCUGAAAAGAGGAUAUUGUUGCGUCAAAGUUAUCCUAUCAAAACUAAAGGCUCCCAACCCUGUGAGGCAGCACGGAAAUGGCCUGCCAUGCAGGAGGCAUCAAGAGUCAUUACACUCCAGGGAACUGUGGUAAAAUUCAUGAUGAAUGGAUCCACUGAGAUUCUGUUUGCUGAUGGAACCGUGAGCAGAAGUCCAGAUUCUGGACCUGUCUCCAUUCCUCAACCACCUACAGUGACAAGCAACCAAACUGAUCCUGCUAAUCAAGAUUCAAAGGAUGAAAAGGAACUAAAAAGAGACCUCAGUGAAGAAGGAAGUAAGAAAGGAAAGCAUGGUCAUAGAGGAAAUUCCAUACCAAAUAUUAGUGAAUGUCCUACAAAACAAAUGCAGCAAUCAAACAUUCGACCUGGUACAUGGAUAACCACGACGCCAAUAGGUUUAGCUAUAGGAACAAAAGGCAUGGAAAAGUUGGAUAUAAAACCCAUUUUAGUCUAUAAAGCCACAGAUCCAGAAACUGGAGAAGUAAUGAUUACAAGACAAGACAAGGUAGUUACUGUCUUUGGGAGUGGCAGCACUAUAGUGGAACAUGCUGAUGGAACCAGGAUUACAACCUUCUUUGAGGAUAUCCCAAACACAGAGUAUGAGGUGCAACAUGAAACUGAGGGAGCCCCACAUAAUGUGACUAGACACAUAAAAUUCAUAAAGGUAGAGUGUGUGGGAUUUGCCACUGUUUUAAUGAACUGGGAUGACUGCACGUGUACUGCAGUGUUUGGGAACGGUACAACAAUCAUCGCCAAACCACAGGGGAUGUACCAGAUUUUCCCAGCAAGUUUUGGAUGCCUUUUAAUUGAUCAGGAUGGCUGUGCUGUGUACACAUCAGAGACAAAUAAUAUCAUAACAUACCCAACUAUCAGUGAUAUGAAACUACAACCUGGUGCCUAUUUUAUGAGAAGUACUUCACGCGUCACUUGUGAGGUCAUGGAUCCUGAGGAAAAUCAUUUCCAGGUCCUGGUGGAUGGAAAUACACUUGUUCUCACUCACAAUGGCAGUCAAGAGGGAGAGGAAGAAGAUGCUUUACUCCAUGAGCCCAUUACUUAUAAAAAACAUGACCCAAGAUUUUUUAUUUUGCGUGCUGAUGGCUCAGGGACUGAACUACUUCGAUCUAGCAAAGUAGAAGAGCACUUAUAUCAAUUAUACUCAAGUCCAGCUACUGCAGUUCUGAAGGAACAACUACCAGAAUUUCCAGGUGUCCUGGGUAUCACUUUUCUCCAGCCAUCCACUGAAGACAUUGGAUCGCGCUGGUUAAUUAAAAAGGAUGUUGCUAACAUUAUCCCCCCAAACCUUCAAUCAAGAAACUGGGACACAUUUCCUCAAGUAGAGUGCAAGAUACCAGGGCCUCCUGUUGGCACACACCCCUUGGAUCUGCACAUUGACCAAGUGGACCCUUCAUCUCCUCCCGUCUUAAAGUGUCCCCCUGUCCUAGAAGUCUGUCAGCUCUUUCAAUAUGAGCCUAUAAACACAGAAAUGCAGCAAAGAUUUCAGAAUUGUCUUAAGGUUUUUCAUUCAAACUUCUUUAGGGGAGAAAAGUACAUGGAACUCAGCCUGCAGAAGGAGCAAGAGCUAAUUGAAAUGGUACCUAAGGAGCCACGUAACAAAGAAGAGAUUGAGCAUGCUACUGAUUUGCUCAAACUGGUUCUGUCCAUCCCUGAUGAUGAAGCAUGUCAAAUAGAAGAGAAAGAAGCAAGCAAAGUUGAUUUAGCCUCAAUUUAUGAGGAUGCUGUGGGAACCGCUUUCAAGAGCACACCAGAGAUAGCUACCUUUGAAUGGAUUGAAGUAAACUUGGAAAGGACUAAUAUUCUCUCCUUGGCACAUCUGCCACGUCGUCCUCAGGCAACCUUUGCCCCUGACCUCAGUGCCAAGAGCAGCUCAGUUGAGGACCCUGAGGACAGCACCGUUGAAGACCUGUUACUGUGCUCACCCACACCCUCCACCACGCAGCGACACACACCACGGUGCGCUCGAGAUGUAGAGCAGCCUCGGAUCACAAUCUGUAAUAAAGAGCAAAACCAGAUAUCUAAGUGGCCACGAAGAUUAGAACAACACAGGCAAGAGCUUGAUAAAGCGAAAGGAAUCAAGCUAGCUCUGAAGAACAUGCUUGUUCCAUCAUACUUUCAGUCUGACCUGAGCAAGGACUUUGACUCAGCCCAGGAGCUUGAGAUGGAUUGUUUACCAAAAUCAUUUCCAAUGAGCCAAAAGAUGAAGGUGCCAGAGACAUUUAAUGGUUUGGCUUCAGCUGUCCCUGAUACAGAUACAGAUGUUAGUAACAGAUCAACAUACCCAAUGCCAGAUCUCACAACAGGAACUGACACAUGCAGCUUCAAAAGAUCAGAUAACCCAAGACAACAAGCAGUAUUUUCUCAGUCUCAACAUUCCCCAGAAGAUAUUAGUAACGGACAAACAGACCCAAUGCCAGCUUAUACAACAGGGACAAACACAUGCAACCUCAAAAGAUCAGACAACCCAAUACAAAAGUUAAUGAUUUCUCAGUCUCAACAUUCCACAGAAGAUGCUUGGAACAGGCUCCUUAAUCCAACCUCUACUGAGGAAACAGAGGCCAAGACAACUUGUCCAAUGAGAUUUAAUGUUCAGCUGCCACAGGCAAUGACUCCUCAGUGUCAACAUUCUACAACUAACCCCCUUCUACAGAGAGCUGAUGAGCAAGAUCUGUCGUCUCAGAAGACAAAUAACUGUUGUUCCUUGCACAAACCGCUUUCCAUUCCUGUAGACGUCUUGAAAGACAUUGGAUCAAAAAAUGGGGUAGUGGAAUACAGACCUGAAGAGCUACCAGCUGAUGGAAGUAACGUUAUAUUCAACAAAAGCCUUAUAAUUGAUGCUGCCAACCAGCCAAGAAAAGAGAAAAUCAAACUCCCAUCUGCCAUUUUGAGCUCAAAGCCAGGUUCACUACCUAAUCACAGGUUUACUGUUAUUGAAGAGCCAGUCAGAAGAAAAGUCAAUACAGUAUCCGUUGCUGGUCCCAUAGCAGGUGGUAUAUUAACGAAACCAACACGAGGCUUUGAGCUCUUUCCAAGAAAGGUGAAUUUUGGUGUCCUCCAAGAGGGUUUUACCUAUACCUACACUGUCUUACUGAAGAAUGUCGGAAUAGAUACCUGCAGAUUUCGAUUGAAGCAGCCUCCGCCCAGCACUGGACUCAGAGUGUGUUUUAAACCAGGACCUGUGGCAGCAGGGUUGGCGACUGAGUUGGAAAUUGAGCUUUAUGCCAUAGCAAUUGGUUUGGAAAGUACAGAAGGAGCAGGGUACCUUUGUCAUCACUUAGAAAUCCAGACUGAAGCAGAAGAAUUGUUCCUCCCUAUUAUUGCAACAGUUUUAACAGAAAAUGUUUACAAGAACAGACCAAAGGAGUUUCCAAAAGGUGGAAAAGCUGAAGGAGUGCGACUGAUUAGUACUGACCCAGCCUCCCGCAUGGACAUCAUACGACAUCGCAAACCUCCAGCAGAAGGAAAUAGUCUGAAUUAACCCCUUUCAUUGGCUAUGAGCGAGGGUCAUCACGUGUCACCCCACCUUCGUAACUAGGGUCAAGUAGACGAAGACAAAUAUCCAUCUCUUAUUUACUUAAACUUCAGAGGUUUACAUUCCAUUGUGAACAAAUGACACAUCCUCGUAGAUACAGAACAGUUAUACAAAUAAGCUACAUCCUCUUAUCAAUGAUACAAA